AUGUAUGCGAACUCGAUCGAGCUCAUCUACAGAGGACUUGGUCGAAGGCAGGGUCGAGUUAGGCAAACUCGACCAAUUAGACUUGGAGAUGCCCCAAACCGCCACCAGCAAAGACAAGGGAUUGUCCCUCCUCCUGUCCAGAAUCACAACUUUGAGAUCAAGCUGGGAAUGAUCAAUCUAGUGCAGAAAAAGAUGUUCCAUGGGCUGUCUUGUGAAGGCCCAAUAGAUCAUCUUGAUGAGUUUGAUAGGUUGUGUGAUCUGACCAAGUUAAAUGGUGUCUUUGAAAAUGCCAUCAAGCUGAGACUCUUCCCUAUGUCUCUUGCUGAUAAGGCUCACCAAUGGGAGAAGAGCCUGCCCCAUGGUUCAAUCACUACAUGGGAUGAGUGCAAGAAGGACUUUCUUGCUAAGUUUUUCUCAACUGGUUGCACAGCCAAACUAAGGAGUGAGAUCUCAGGCUUCACUCAGAGGAACAAUGAGACAUUUGUUGAAGCUUGGGAGAGGUUCAAGUCAUGGCCUCAUCAUGGCCAACAAUGA